AUGUCGAGCCAGCAGAGCGCGACAGACAGCAAGGGCAAAUCUGGAUCGAAGAACAAGCAGAACCCCAAAAACGUUAGUAAUGAGAGCAGCGGAGUCGCCAAGUCUUCUUUGAUUCCCGUUUCCGUUCGCGCGCCCCGAGCUUCGGAACCCACUGCGAGCGCACGAGCAUCAUCCGAUUCUCCCUCUGUCUCCUCCUCCAGCUCUCAGGCGAAGCGCGCAUCUGCCUCUUUGGGCGUUGCAGACUCCCGAUCACCUAGCAGAUUGCGUGCUCCUUCACCUCGCCUCUCUGCGCCAAGAGGCGCUUCUCCCGAACCAGACGCGGCGUCAGCGAACACAUCGCCGCCUGUUCCGUCUUCUCCAUCUCGACCAGUGUCCCCGUCUGGCGCUCCUCGAACGUCUUCCAUACCACGCAUUCGAUCAUCAGGAACUCUGCGCUCACCCUCUUCCUCUUCUUCUCUUUCCGCUCCCGAUCGCUCUCCCUCGCGCAUACCUUCCUCGCCACGCCUCGCGCCUCCUUCGCCCUCAUCAUCUACCACCUUGCUUGCCGGCUCUGCUCGUCCAAAUUCCCCUUCUUUGAUACCGUCGCCCGCUUCACCUUCUCGAUCGCCGCGCUCCGCGUCUCCACUCCACCCUUCCCGAUCUCCCUCCGCCUCUCUUGCAUUUGCUGCUGGUGCCUCCACUAACACCGCAUCACAACACUCGCCGGGUGCUCAGCAAAGCAACCCGAACAAUAAGCCCACUGCUAAGCCCGAGACGCCAAACAACGCGCUGCCUCAGCCAGCCCUGAGCUCCGACGCUCCCCCGCAGCCCGCUCCAGAGAACGAAACAUGGCACCGAGGCACUGGACACAUUGCGCCAUCUUCCAAGCCUCCUGUGGGAGGACCUAAUGCUCAAAACGCUCCGGAGCCGAGUCAUGCAGGCGAAGAACCCGAGUUGAUCGAGAUGGACAAGAGCGAGCUGACGCCCAAGGUCGCACCUGAAGAGUUGGCCAGACGCAAGGUGGCCGAUGCGAAGAAGGAGCAAGUCAAAGAUCAGACUUCGGAACAGAGCCGCAGCGAGGACAAGCCGUCUGAGCAGCAAAGAGGCGCAGAGCAACCCAAGCAGGAUCGGCAAAAGGAAGCGCAGACGAAACUCGACGACAGGCCCCCGCAGAAGGACGGCGCUCCGAAUCAGGAAGCGCAGAAGAGCGACGCUCCGCAGCAACCGUCGAACGCUUCUGCCCCAUCGGCAUCCAAACCUGCCGAGAAGACUGCUGCACCGCCUAUCGAGUUUGUUGCGCUCUCUCGCUCUGUACAUGUUCACCGACCUGCACCUCAACACAGAACGACGAAGCUUAGAACAGAGGAGCCUCCGUUGCAACCUCUCGAUUGCAGUCCGCAGGUCGUGCUGAUCUUCGGGUGAGUGUCGACGCGCGCGGAAAUCGAUGAUGUGUGCGUGCACCUGUCAAAUCUCGCUCUAUGUGCUGAUGAGCGAUCUGCGCUUGCUACAUCGCUUGCAGCUGGAUGGACGCCCCGCUACGUCUCGUCUCGCGCUACGCAGCGCCUUACGCUGCAUUGUAUCCAAGAGCUACGCUAGUCCUCAAGCUCUCGACAGGACAGUCAUACAUGGCCUCCGCGGCUGCACGACACGCGGCGCUUCAGAGCGUGGUCAAGGUGUUGCAAGAGGAAGGAGCAAGAGAAAACUCGAUUGCUGAGCUCCAUGACCAGUACGAGGAGAGGCGAGAGAAUCAAGGACUGCUUACGAUGGACACGCAGAAGGUCAGGGAGAUGGAAGAACAGGGAAGACCCAAGAGCAGCUUCACUCCUCCACCCAAAGGCAUGAUCAUUCACAGCUGUGAGUCGAGCCUAGCGGAAGGGGCAGGUCCUAUGAACGACACGUCUGACGUUUUCACUUUCAUGUAUCGCGCUGCGCACAGUCUCCGAUGGAGGUGCAUCGAACCUCUCGCAGCUGCUUUCCAUGCUUCCAGCAGAUGUGCCCGCUCCUCGUGCUGUCAUCUUUGACUCGAGUCCGGGCAAGCAGACGGCAUGGUCAGGAGCGACAGCCUUCACCAUGCCGAUGGCCAAGUCGAUCUUGCUUCGUGCCGUAGUGAGGUCAGGACUUUACGCUUUCCUGACCUUCGUCCUCGCUUUCAAGCGUCUAUUCGGCAUGAGGACGUGGAGCGACUUGGUGCGUGCUGCUCUGAACUCUCCGAAGAGGUGGACACCAGGCUUGGAGACUCGAACGAUACAAGGUAGCGGAUCCAAUCGAAAGCUGGACAAGACUGCCAAGAAUGGAAGCGCUGCGACGGAUACGUCGCCAGAAGCGGCCAAACUUCCACCCAGAUUGUACUUGUACAGCAAGAUCGACGAGUUGAUAGAGUAUGAAGCCGUCGAGGCGCAUGCCGCCGAGUGCAGCAAGAAGCUAUCCGCUCCGCAGCCCAAACCUCAACAGAUCAAAAAGGGCUCCUCGGCAGCUCCUUCGGAAGAGGAAAAGAAGAGUGGCGCAAAGCCUCCCAACGUUUCUGCGCCCGUAAAUCUGGUCAGGUGGGACGAUGCUCCUCAUUGCGGUAUUGCACGAAACGACUUUAAGGGUUAUUGGUCCACAGUCCGCAGCUUCCUCGAUGCUCACAUCAUCUAA